AUUUUUUGCCACCAAGGGCUUCGCAGGUUGCAUAACAGGUAAUCAACUGCUAUAUAAGAGCAUGAAUUGCACAUUUUAUACAAAACUAUCACAGGAUAAUUUGGAUAAGCUCAAGCAUAAGUCUACAAGUCAUUCAGCAACAUUGCUAUUUAUCACCUUCAAAUAUUUAAAGGAUAGAACAGAACAGAAUGAAGCCCACACAAACAGCUGAGAAGACAUUAAGUCAGAAGGAGUCUUUGAAAACCGAGAUGGGAGAGAAGCUGUUCCGUCGGAAGAUAGUCUGCAUGUUUACUGGUGUUGUUGCAUUCGUCCUACUGGUCGGUACUGUGCUACUUUCAGUGUAUUUUGGAAUGAAGAUGACCAAAGAUAUCCAUAAGGAAUAUCAAGCUAUCUACAUAAUUGAUGAAGGCAUAGUACAUCAGAAUAUCACGGUUACAGACACCGAGGAAAUAUUUACCAAUGAUGUCGCCACUAUUAUUGUGGACUUCUCCACGGGCCUGAUAACAACCCAUUUUAAGAAACCAGAAAAGUAUGUGAACAACUGUUACGUGACGAACUUGAGCAACAGAGAUUCCCAAACACCAACGGAAUUCACAAGCACACACUCAACCAGCCAGGUAAAAUUUGAGAACAAAAAUAUUACGACAAUUACAUAUACCGUCAUUGACAUAUGGCUGAAUAAUAAAGCCCUUGGACAGAGAUCCGCAGAGCUUUGCAAUGGGAAAAUUCCGUUCUUCCUACGUGAGCGAAGAGAUCUUACUACGAGGGCGAAGAGAUUUGACCUUGAGGAUAAUGCUACUACUUACAGAGCUACCAGAGAUGCCUAUCUUAAAGCAGAAAAUGAAUUAAAGCUAGAAACGGGUUCAUAUAAAGCAGCCCGCGAUGCAUAUGUAGCGGCUACUGCUACAUAUACGAAGUCCUUGUAUGAAUAAUAAGCCAUGAUUUGACUGAUGAUCUAGAAAACUAUGUAAAUAAGUGCUAAACAAUACAUUCUUCUCACCUAUGAGACAGAAAAUUCCAAACUAAAUACAAGUAAUCUUACCUUACAUCGCUGAACCUACAUCUGUGACGGACUACUUUUAUACGCUUAAUUUUUAUUUUCUGAUUACAUAAUAUAUGCCUUCUUUAUUCUAGUGUACAGCAGCUUAAAUAUAUAAUGUGUCCGUUAAAUGUAUCUGAAAAACAUCCGUUCAUAUACGCUCUUAAUGACGUCAUUGUUUGGUGGUGUAAUUGUUAUCUGACGUCAUUUUUAAAGUUGAUAAUGCUUUAAUCAGAUCUUUGAAUGAACGGAAUGUUGAUGUAUAGAGAAUAAUAGGUUAGUGCCGUAGAUGAGAAAGUUUAUCUGGCGAGGUGGAGGAGGUUAUCGGGUGAGCCGAAGGCGAACCUGAUAACGUCCGGAGCCGAGCCAGAUAAACUUUCUCCAUCUUAGGCACUAACCUAUUAUUCUAUUUAUCUUGUCAUUACUUCAUUUUCCGAUAUUUGGCAAUGUAUUUUACAAAAAUAAGUGUGCGACAACCGCUUUAAUGACGUCAUAUUCGUAAUGACGUCACUUAUAUAAUGACGUGAUUACCGGCAAAAUCGCAAUAACUUCUUCGUUUUUGAAUAAAAACUCAUUAUUUGACCACUCAUUUUCUUAGUUCGGACAUUUCCAACACAAUGAUGAUGGUUUCGUUGCAAAAUUUCUUAUGACAACAAUAUCGACCAUAAGGUCACAUGAUCAACUGACCGUAUAUCACUGGUCACAUGAUCAACUGACGGUAUAUCAAGAAAGAUAUACGGCACCCUGAUAUCAGGUCGAAAAUACUGCAAGUGACAGGAUAAAUAAUAAAUCCACUACGCCAGUAGAAUAAAGGUAAUCAGGAAAUCCAAUCCUCGGUUUGGUGUUAGUCCUACUACGCCUGUUGAAUACAGGUAAACAGGAAAUCAAGUUUUCGAUUUGAGGUUAGUCAAUACACCCAGUAGAACCUCAUUUUUGAAAAAAACUUCAAACUUAGUUAAAUUUCCUUAUCCGAAUCUCAGUGGCUUAGUAGGUUUACUUUAGUUAUACAUUGUUUGCUUAACUGUGUUGCGUUUUAAAUUGAGUACUUCACUGAAUACGAAAUAACCUGUAAAGCAAAUACAUAGGAAAAUAAUAUUGUAUAGUAUAUAUUGAAUACAGUUAUCAAUUUACUUUAACUGAUUUUAUAUUAGACUUCCCACCAUUUCAACAUAUAAGUUCUGUUUUUGAAGUUUUCAUUAGUGUUUUAGAUGAGACUAAAAAUGAAAAACAAAAAGUCAGGAUAAUGACCAAAAUAAAGAAGUAUGAUUUCUGACAGUUCAAUGUCUGUAAAUGAUAUUUUCUGCCAUCUGCACCUUGGGAUAAAGCGGAUAUACAGCUGCUACAAUACGUAACCUACAAAAACAUUAUUAAACUUCAUUCUUUUAUGGGAAUAUAUGUUAUCGUUUUGAUUGAUAUUUACUGUAAACAAUUUACCAUAUCUGAAUUGCCUGCUCUAUAAACUAUAUGUUAGUGUCAUUUUUGUUCAAGUUCCUUAUGCCUUUUCUACAAUAUGACGUUACAGAUUACGUUACUGCAACUACCGAUAUUAAAUAGAUAUCUGUUAGCGUCUACUGUUCACUGAGCAUGCAAAACAAAUGAAAUGAUUGAAUAAUACAGUCUCAUUGAAAAGCUAACAACAUGAGAUAUCUUUCAUUUACCUCCGUAUGUUAGUCCGUCUAUAUGAAAAAGUACUUAUUAUAUAUAUAUACCUUACGUUACGUAAUAGUUAGAAUAUUGAAUAAUAAUUAUCUACAUUUGUUUGAAUCGUAUUGCUUAAUUACUUUAUAUUAAUAUAUCAUUAGCAAUCCAAGUAUACAGUGGUUCCUACCAGGCUUUCAUAUAUUAAUUAUUUCACGCAACUACGUUACUAAAACUGAAAUCCAGUAUAAUAACACUUGAAUAUUUCAUUUUAAAGUUUGAUAAAAUAUUGCUGUUAAUCAGUGUAAUUGCAAUUAAACACCAUGAAAUUCAUUUUCAACAAAUGUUUCAAAAUCGGUCAAUUGUGUGUUUUUGUAAGUUGUAAUAACCUUAAUUAAUAUAUAAUAUUUUCUACACGUUCAUUGUAUGUAAGUUGCCUGGUUUUAAACAGCAUAGUUUCAUGAAUGGGUACAUUAAGAUAAUAUUUUUUCCUUCGUUACUGACAUUCAUUUAAAAUUCACCUCGUUUAAUAUAGAAUAAUUCUAAUAAUAAUGUAAUGUACGUUAUUUCAAUGAUAUAUAUAUAACAUUCUAAUAUCUCUAGCAUUUACCACGACAAAAGCUAUUUCUUAACGCAUUCAGUGUGUUUCAGCAUUUUGGAAUGCUGCAGUUCCUUUCUAAAUGUACUAUGAUUAAUGGUGGUCGAGUAGGAACAUGUCCAUGUCACAAAAACAUACAAGUACAACUUCACUUGAAGGAUUUAAAAACAAACAUUGUAGUAGAACUUACAGUAUUUCUUUCUACUUCUUGCUACAAACAUUUGUAUUACAGGUCUGAUGUACAUGUACAGAAAAAUAACACAAACCUUACCCAAGAAUUGCAUAGUCUGUGU